GCUCGGGCGCUUUGCGCCGCUGAGCGAACACUUGGAAAGUGACAAGUUGGGGCGGCUGAGAGCGAGUGCGAGCGCCAGAGGCAGCGGACGAGCCGCGGCCAGAGAGAAACGGCCCGCCGCCGUCAGCCCCAGCCCCGCGGACGCACAGCGCCGCCGGGCCCGGCCGCGAGCGCCCCAGCCCCAGCGCCUGAGCCCCGCGCCUGAGCGGCGCCGGCGCUGCCCGGGCCAAGGGUGGGGGCGGCCAAGAGGGCUGGCUCGAGAGCUCCAGGGCCAGCGGGGCCGCAGCAAAGCCCAAGGCGGGCGGCCAGGGCGGCCCAGAGCGAGCAGGACAAAGGGAGCCGGCGGGCGGGCAGCCGCCGGGCGGCCCCCGGGACUUGGGGCCGAGCCCGCGGAACCAGCCGCCGGCGCCGGCCGAAGAGCACCGGAGCAGGGAUGGGCUGGGCCGGCUGCGGCCGGAGGCGCGGGGCUCUCCUGAAGCUCGUCCUGCUCGGCGCGAUCCUGUUGGCCAGCCGGGGAGCUGCGCAAGAAACAGACGCGGCUGUGUCCGAUGCUGCGGAGCUGGUGCCUACCUCGUCCUGGAACAUUUCAAGUGAACUCGACAAAGAUUCCUUCUUGACCUUGGAUGAGCCCAUGAACAACAUCACCACGUCUUUGGGCCAGACAGCUGAGCUGCACUGCAAAGUCUCUGGAAACCCUCCCCCAACCAUCCGCUGGUUUAAAAACGAUGCCCCCGUGGUCCAGGAGCCCCGGAGGAUUUCCUUUCGAGCCACCAACUAUGGGUCUCGGUUGCGGAUAAGGAACCUGGAUACUACAGACACCGGUUACUUCCAGUGUGUUGCGAGCAAUGGCAAAAAAGUGGUGUCCACCACUGGAGUCCUCUUCGUCAAGUUUGGUCCCCCACCCACAGCAAGCCCUGGAUCAUCGGAUGAAUAUGAAGAAGACGGCUUCUGCCAGCCUUACCGAGGGAUCGCGUGUGCGAGAUUCAUCGGCAACCGCACCGUCUACAUGGAGUCUCUGCACAUGCAAGGGGAAAUCGAAAAUCAGAUCACAGCUGCCUUCACUAUGAUUGGCACGUCCAGCCACCUAUCCGAUAAGUGCUCCCAGUUCGCCAUCCCGUCUCUCUGUCACUAUGCUUUCCCCUACUGCGAUGAGACGUCGUCGGUUCCGAAGCCGAGAGACCUGUGCCGGGACGAAUGUGAGAUCUUGGAAAAUGUCCUUUGCCAGACCGAGUACAUUUUCGCCAGAUCCAAUCCUAUGAUUCUGAUGAGGCUCAAGUUGCCCAACUGCGAAGACCUCCCCCAGCCAGAGAGCCCAGAAGCCGCCAACUGUAUCCGGAUUGGCAUCCCCAUGGCGGACCCCAUCAAUAAAAAUCACAAGUGCUACAACAGCACAGGAGCGGAUUACCGAGGAACCGUCAGCGUGACAAAGUCCGGCCGGCAGUGCCAGCCGUGGAACUCGCAGUACCCCCACACGCACACGUUCACGGCCGCCAGGUACCCCGAGCUGAACGGCGGCCAUUCGUACUGCCGCAAUCCCGGGAACCAGAAGGAAGCGCCGUGGUGCUUCACCCUGGACGAGAACUUCAAGGCUGACCUGUGCGACAUCCCGGCAUGCGAUUCCAAGGAUUCCAAGGAGAAGAAUAAGAUGGAGAUCCUCUACAUCCUGGUGCCCAGUGUGGCCAUCCCUCUGGCCAUUGCCUUGCUUUUUUUCAUCUGUGUCUGCCGCAACAACCAGAAGCCUUCCUCACCUCCUGCCCAGAGGCAGCCAAAGCAUGUCCGGGGUCAAAACGUGGAGAUGUCCAUGCUGAGUGCCUAUAAGCCCAAGAGCAAAGCCAAAGAGUUGCCUCUGUCGGCCGUCCGCUUCAUGGAAGAAUUAGGUGAAUGUGCCUUUGGAAAAAUAUACAAGGGGCAUCUCUACCUCCCGGGAAUGGACCAUGCCCAGCUGGUUGCCGUCAAGACCCUGAAGGACUUUAACAACCCACAGCAGUGGGCAGAGUUUCAGCAGGAAGCCUCCCUCAUGGCGGAGCUCCACCACCCCAACAUCGUUUGCCUCCUUGGGGUGGUCACGCAGGAGCAGCCAGUGUGCAUGCUCUUCGAGUACAUGAACCAGGGCGAUUUGCACGAGUUCCUCAUCAUGAGGUCUCCACACUCGGACGUGGGCUGCAGCAGUGAUGAAGAUGGGACGGUCAAAUCAAGCCUGGAUCACGGGGACUUCCUGCACAUCGCCAUUCAGAUCGCGGCAGGGAUGGAGUACCUGUCCAGCCACUUCUUUGUCCACAAGGAUCUGGCCGCUCGGAACAUCUUAAUCGGCGAGCAGCUCCACGUGAAGAUUUCAGACCUGGGGCUUUCCAGGGAGAUCUAUUCGGCGGACUACUAUCGGGUGCAGAGUAAGUCUCUGCUGCCCAUCCGCUGGAUGCCGCCUGAAGCUAUCAUGUAUGGCAAGUUCUCCUCGGAUUCUGACAUCUGGUCCUUCGGUGUGGUCUUGUGGGAGAUCUUCAGCUUUGGACUGCAGCCCUACUACGGCUUCAGCAACCAGGAAGUGAUUGAGAUGGUCAGGAAGCGGCAGCUCUUGCCCUGCUCCGAAGACUGCCCUCCCAGGAUGUACAGCCUCAUGACCGAGUGUUGGAAUGAGAUUCCAUCGAGGAGACCCCGGUUCAAGGACAUCCACGUCCGACUGCGCUCCUGGGAAGGCAUCUCCAGCCAUACCAGCUCCACCUCUCCCUCUGGUGGGAAUGCCACCACCCAGACCACAUCGCUGAGCGCCAGCCCCAUCAGCAAUCUCAGUAACCCCAGAUAUCCCAACUACAUGUUUCCAGCCCAGGGGAUACCUCAGGGGCAGAUCGCUGGCUUCAUUGGCCCCCCCAUACCUCAAAACCAACGGUUCAUCCCCAUCAAUGGGUACCCGAUACCCCCUGGAUAUGCUGCUUUUCCAGCUACUCACUACCAGCCCCAGGGCCCACCCAGAGUCAUUCAACACUGUCCCCCUCCCAAGAGCCGCUCACCCAGCAGUGCCAGUGGGUCCACGAGCACUGGUCACGUGACUAGCUUGCCCUCUUCGGGAUCCAAUCAGGAGGCAAACAUCCCUUUGCUCUCCCAUGUGUCCCUCCCAAAUCAUCCAAGUGGAAUUGGCAUAACCGUUUUUGGAAACAAAACUCAGAAAGCUUAUAAAGUAGACUCGAAACAGCCGUCUUUGCUAGGGGACUCAAAUAUCCACGGACACACUGAAUCAAUGAUCUCUGCAGAACUGUAAAACACAAUGCUAUUUUUUAUAAAUAUGAUACAGUACAAACUAGAAAGCCGUAGAAAAGAUUUAUAUUCAAAUAUUUUAUUAAAGUGAGAUUUUUGUGAUUGUUUAGCAGACAUUGCAACAAGUAUCUUCUGUGAAGUGUAACUGUGUGCUUAGCAGGAGGGGCAGGUGACAGGCAGCAAAACAAAAGCAAGCAAACAUCCAUUGGAUGGACAAAAUGAUUAAGUGCCCAUCCCUGAGUGCCAAGUGCUGGGAGUACAGAGACAAGAGCCGCACCGUCCCUGCCCUCCAGGAACUUGUGUUCUGUUACUAGUGUGCCUUGAACAUGGCGUCAUGUCCUGUGACCUGGCAGCGGGAUGGAUGGGUGCACGUCACUUAGCUACUCAAAACUAACAUCCAAUGAAGAAUCGUUCUAAAAGAAAUGUAAGGAUGGGAUAGCAAGCCAGGUCACAGUCUCUAUGGCUUUAAUCUUUUUCGUGACCACCAUUUUUAUUUCCACCUUUUGAAAGGGUAAGACUUUGGUUCCAUUUAAAGCAUCGUGUAUGUUGGUAUAAAAGAUGGGCGUUUACUUUUUGGGGGGGGGGACAGACCUGUGAGUUCAUCAUCUAGGGAACUCCCAUUGGGGAAAUUCCCUCCCCCCUUGCAGAUGGUGCCACUGUCGGUAACUCAUAGUCUUAGAAAGUUGCCCAGGGAAUCGAGAGGCUAAGUGAUUCGCCCAAGAACAUCCAGCCAAAGGCAGGAAGGACUUGGACCCAAAUGUUCCUGACUCUAAUACCAGACCACUAGCCAUUCCACUCCUCAGCAAUAAACAAAAAUAAUAAUGGCAUUUUAGGCCAAUGAUUUUAAAACACGAAAUUCAAGAUGAGACAUAUUUGUUCAUAAUUUCUCCUGAGGUUUUCUCUACACUGAGGUUCCCAUACAUUUUUUCGGUUAUGUUUCCUUUGGCCAUAGAGCAGAUCUUCUGCUGAUUCUCAUGACCUCUGAUUCAGUUGGGCUGGAGCUGGAAGCUUCUCUCUUUUUAUUCUGCUCCAGCUUCUCUAGAAUAUCAAGCCAGGGAACAGAAAUGAAUGCUUGACUGAGCCCUCAUUAUUUCAUAACCAAUGUCCUGACUCAGUAGAUGGCUUAAGCUGAAGGGACAAUGAAAAAGAAAAUGACCUCAAGGCAUGGCUCAAGUCCCAAAAGGUAAGCCCGAGGCUAGAGGGUUUCCGGAAAUUCCCCUCUAGGCCAACAAGGCCAAUGAGUGUUGUAUGGUGGAGUGGUAGCAAUUGAACACUCCUUCCCCAUUUGGCAUUCAUCCAUUAUCCAGAGUUUAGAGAAGCAUAACACCAACAGGACAAUUUACCAUCAGUUAAUCGGGACUCCCAAUUUUUUUGUUUUGCCUCAGUCUGACCUUGGUGACAACCAAAUUUCUUGCUAAGUUAGUUAAAGUGAUGCCUUUUAAUGAGCCGGCUAUGCUAUGUCUGAUGGGUUUUCCUCAAAUCCCAAGAUUUAAAUGAAUGUGGCUGUUGGAAGUUUGAGCGAGAUCUAAAAAAUGUGAUUCCUAGAUGACAAUUUCAUUAUAAUAGUCCAUUUCCCCACUUCCCGUGGGAUUCUAAUGGAGAGCCAGGAUUCAAAUGGUAUAAAUAACCUAAAACUGGGCCACUUCAUCUACUCAAUGGUAGUGUCUUAGACGCAGAUGGAAGUAGAGGCUGUGGAAUAAAUGACUGUUACCAGCCAGACACAUUUUACUGAGUUUGGAAUUUGCAUAGGUUUCAUGUUUCUAUACAGACAGGAUUUUUCUAUUUGAUUUUUGUUUCUCUUGGGAAAACAUUUCCCUUUUCUUAGAACAGUGCCUCAUCUAAAAGCCUCACAUCCUAAAGAGACUUCUGGGAUGUGAAAUAGCUCUUCAAACAAUAUUUCACUUAAGAGAAUUAGAAACAUCUCGAUGUUUCCAAUUUUAAAAUAGUGGUAGGAUGAAGAACGAAACAAGCGUGUGUUCAGAAAAAAAACAACAAAAAGGGCUUGGCUUGUCCCAAAUGCCAUCUCUUGGAACACACAGAAUAUAAUUUCUCUGUACUCUUAAAUGGAGUUUCUCCGCAUUUAUCGCGAGGCUGCCGAGGCUGCCGGAGUUAACAUCCAUUGAUUUCAUGGCAUAAAUAAGCUUACUCAGAAGUUAUGUGUCUUUAUUUCUAGAUAGGUUAAUUAGGGCAAGAUACGUGUUUCUUUUUGUUGCUAUGCAACUGUUUACUGGUGAUGCUUCAAACCACAAUUUUAUAGAUGUUCAGAUGACAAUCAUUUUUUCCAAGAAUAUUUAUUUUAGGUAAACACAGAAUUUUAGUGAAUCUGAGUUUUUCCAGCAGUCCCUAAAAGGGAAAUUAGCAUUCCAUGAGCCAUUUAGUGAUUCUUUGGGGGAAAAAAAUUUUUAUAGCAAUGAAGUUACAUGAAUUUGAGUUAACUUUCUAUAAAGAAGUACGGCAUUGUUUUUAAGCUUUUGUAAAGUGACUGUGCUACAUUCAGGUACGAGCCUUUUGGAUUUUUAAACCACUUCUAAUAAGAUUGAAAAGUGCUGUGAUAGGAUAUCAUGGUAUCUCUGUUUUGUACGAAAAAAAAAUAUUUUUUCACGAACUGAAAAUUGUCAUUCGCUCCAUUGGCAAUGCUUUUUUGGAAAGAUGCCUUUGUUUGCCUAUCUUUUUUUUUUUUGCACAAAACAAUGUCCAUGUUUUGUAUUGCAGAAGUGAAAAUACAGCUCUGCCUUUUCUAUCUCAUCUGUUUCUCUUGUUUUUUAAUGAUGUAGAUUUUCUUCUAAUCUCUCCCGGCAAUAUUUGGAUCAAUUGCCUUGACUGUGUUUUCUUAUUUUCACUGCAUGCAUUUUAAUCACUGUAUUCCUUGAUGUUUGAUUUAUUAAUUAUGGGCAUUUCAAUUAGAAGAGCAUGGAAAUGUACUAAGAAAGGCUAUUUUAUAUUGAGAAUAUAUGCAUUUUGUAUUCCACACACCAGAGAUGAUAUUACACACUGAUUAUUUUAUGCUGCUGUUUAUUAAAACAUUUUUAAUAUAAAAUAUCA